AUGUUGUUUUUCUUAGCGACGGUUUUCACGCUACUGGCAGUCGUGGUAGACUGCACUGUGGGCGCAUGCGGUUCAUGGCAGACGCAGAUCAACAUCUCCAUGUGCAACUGGCAAGGACUGCGUGCCAACGUUCUUCGCGAUACGAUCUAUCUAGAUGGAGGACAGUUAUGGCUUCAGCAAGGAUUUUCAGACGGCUGCGUUAAUCCUAUUAAUGAUGGAAAUCUAGAGGGCACCAUUUAUUACCUUAAUCUUUCUACACCUUUCAACACCAGCUCGGAUUUCAUGAACGUCCUCAAAAAUACGAGCGUUGCCGGUGGUGCUGCUAAUAACAUAGCUCCAAAUUACGUUGACGGCGUGAUGUUUGCCAACGACGAUGAGUUUUACCUCUAUGGAGGCAGGGCCCAUGCCAAACCGUCCAGUGAACAGCCACCCGAUAACGAGGUUCUUGGUUACGAAGCCUACCAGUAUGGCCCAUAUCGUAGUAGCUGGACGCCUGGCUGGCACGAAGGGUACCUUUCUACCAACGUCACAAGAUAUAUCACCAAUGGCGCUGGAGUGUCGGCACCCAGCGAGAACCUGGGUUUCUACUUUAGCGGAAUGCGCGCCCCGGACUGGGGAUAUUUUAGCUACGGUUACCCGGAGCCCAACAUAACGGCUGAUACGCUCAUUACCGUGGAUAUGUCCGUGAUGAGGGAUGAGAAGUGGUACAAUCAUACACUACCAAGCUAUGUCCCUGGCCGUGCUAAUGCAGAGCUGGUUUGGGUGCCUGUGUCUGAUUCUGGAGUUCUGGUGGCCAUUGGGGGAGUGGUUAAUCCAAUUGAAAUGUGGCGAAACGGGCUGGACAAAUCGCAGACGGCAGAGAGCAAAAGAGUCAGCCCGACAUUUAUGGACACGGUCUCCGUUUACGAUGUGAAGAGUCAAACAUGGUAUCUCCAAAACACGACGGGUGAUACGCCGCCACAGUUGACGCAGUUCUGCUCUGUGCUUGCUAGCGCGGCCGACGGCUCCUCGCAUAAUAUCUAUAUCUACGGUGGGUACAGUGGUCUCGUCUAUGACGAGAAUGCGUCAGAUGAUGUAUAUAUCCUGUCUCUGCCUUCCUUUAAAUGGAUCAAGGCGUACAGCGGCACAAACACACACGGACGAGUUGGGCAUCGAUGCAUCAAAGUAUAUCCAGACCAGAUGCUGGCGCUUGGGGGAAUGCGUAUCGAUUCAACGCACUGUCUAGAGGAUGGUGUCAUCGUCAAUUUUAACCUCAACAGCCUACGGUUUGAGGACUAUGAUCCCACUCAGUGGGGAGGUGCAACCACCACUGCCCCAUCAUCAUGGACCAACACCUCUCUAGCCGGAAUGUUUGACAAGAAGUACAGCAAGACAAUCGAAACCUUCUGGCCCUAUAAAAAUGGCUCCAGUACCGCCGGAAGAAACUCCAAAAGUGGCGGACUUGCCACCUGGGCUGCCGCAGUGAUCGGUGUGCUCUGCGGUCUCUUCGGCAUUGCGCUCCUUGCAGUAGGGCUCUGGUUGUGUCGCCGACGUCGCAAUCAACGCCGUGCUGUAGCAGUCGCGGCUACAACGGAGAGCGAUACCAAGGAAAAGCCUCAAUCGAUGUAUUCAGGCGGACCGACCUCCCCCGGCCCUGGUCCAGUAUCUGAAUCCACAGGCGUAGAAACGACGCAGGAUUCAGCCCUCACUUCGGUAACUCCUGGUACAGUUGAAUCCGGAGGAGACGAGGUAUAUGAGUUGCAUGAUUCCUCGCCCGUCGAACUUCCUACGCAGUUUAACGUUUCCCGUUCCACGCCCAGUAUGUCCCAACAGCUGGGUCCAGUGCGAGACUCCCACUCUCCAGUCUCCCUACACACUCGUGGUGAGUCUGACUCGGGACAUUCCUAUCCGCCAUCGCACUACCGGCGCCCAUCAUCACUCUCGACAGCACCGUCCUUCUCGAUCGAUAAUGUGGUCACCGGCCGGUCGUCGUAUUUCCAGGAAUCUUUGGACAAUGAGAACAUGCAGCGCCCACGUCAUCGAUCUGAGAUUUCAAACGCGAGUGUCAGUUCAGAUGAGAGAGGAUGA